AAGAAAUUAAUGUUCCACCGGAAGGUGAUGACAGAAAAAAAUUGAAAUCUUUUUUAAAAAAAUCGUUAGUCAUCGCAGUCGCAGUUGACUUCAAGCAAGUGAACAACCCUUCUUAAAAAAAUGAGUGGUAAUCCCAAGCCUGGUCCUUCUCCAUGACCUCUUCAUAUGAUUACCAGCACUCGUAGCAAAAAAGAAAGAAAGGAGUUGGAAGCAAAAGGAUGGAAGCCACCAAUCUCACCUACCUAACUCUCUCCAUCUCCAUCCUCACUUCCUUCAUCCUUUACCUCCUCCUCCUCCGGCCACCCACCAAAUCCCGCAACCACUGCCCCUUCCCCAACCCUCUCCUCGGCAACCUCGUCCCCUUCCUCCGCAACCGCCACCGAUUCCUCGACUGGGCCUCCGACCUCCUCUCCACCUCCCCCACCGCCACCAUCGAGGUCCGCGGCCCGCUCGGCCUCUCCCGCGGCGUCGGCACCGCCAACCCGCUCGUCGUCGACCACCUCCUCCGCUUCAACUUCUCCAAUUACGUCAAAGGCGAUCGCACCUCCACCGCCCUCUCCGACCUCCUCGGCAACGGCAUCUUCAACGCCGACGGCCACCUCUGGGCCCUUCAGCGCAAGACCGCCAGCCGCGAGUUCACUACUCGCUCUCUCAAGUCCUUCAUCACCGACGUGGUUCGCUCGCAGCUUCGAAACCGCCUCCUCCCACUCCUCUCUGCCGCCGCAGACACCGGCGAGCUUCUCGACCUCCAGGAUGUGCUCCGCCGCUUCUCCUUCGACAACCUCUGCACCAUCGCUUUUGGAACCGAUCCUUUCUCCCUCCACCAUGAUAAUUCUCAGCAUCAAUCUCAUGGUCAACACUACUCAUUCUUUCAAGCUUUCGAUGAAGCCGUCGAGAUCUCGUCGGCACGACUCCUCUCCCCCGUGCCGUGGGUCUGGAAGGCGAAGAAAUUCUUCAACAUCGGCUCCGAAAGGAGACUCCGUGGUGCUAUCAAACUAAUAGAUGACUACGCCAUGCACAUCACUGCCUUGAAGGAGGAAGAAGAAGUCAAGAAACAAGAUUUGCUCUCGAGGUUCAUGUCUGCCAUUGAAGAAGAAGAUAGUGAAUUGUGCGCGAUGUUUAAAGACAAAAAGGAGAAGAGGAAGUUUCUGAGGGAUACAGUGAUUAGUUUUGUUCUCGCCGGCAAAGACUCCACGUCGUCAGGGCUGACCUGGUUCUUCUGGCUGCUCGCUGUGAAUCCACGGUGCGAAAAAAGAGUUCAUCAGGAGAUAUCUCAACUGGUGGAAGGAGAGGAAGAAGAUGAAUUGGGGUACGAUGAGCUCAAGGGAAUGCACUACCUCCAUGCGGCGAUCACGGAGGCCCUCAGGCUGUACCCACCGGUGCCGAUCGACUCGAGGGUGGCAGCGGCCGAUGACGUGCUGCCGGAUGGGACGCGAGUGAAGGCCGGGUGGUUUGCGGACUACUCGGCAUAUGCGAUGGCAAGGAACGAGAGAGUGUGGGGGAAGGACUGCUGUGAGUUUGUGCCGGAGCGAUGGUUGGAUGGGAAGGGAGAGUUUGUGGGGGUGGAGACGGCGAGCUUCCCGGUGUUCCAUGCAGGGCCGAGGACUUGUCUUGGUAGGGAGAUGGCUUACAUGCAGAUGAAGGCGGUGGCGGCGGCGGUGUUGAGGAGGUUCGAGGUGGAGGUGCUGGUGGGGAGUGGCGGUGGGGAGGUGGCGCCGCCGCCGUAUGAGAUGUCUCUCACGCUCAGGAUGAAAGGGGCGUUUACCGUCCGUGUCAGGAGGAGGGUGGAAACGUCCUCGGCCAGGUAAAAGAAAGUAUGCGAUGCGGCAUUUCAUCGAACAGAUGUUAACUUCAAGGGCUCGUUUGGUUCGCAGGAAAAGGAGGGGGGAAAGUGUGGUCAACGGGAAAGUAAUGAAAUGCCUCUUGUU